UGGUGCUGGGUUGAGCUCCGGGCCAUGCCCCGGGCCGGGCUGUGGUGCUGGUUGAGCUCCGGGCCGGGCUGUGGUGCUGGGUUGAGCUCCGGGCCAUGCCCCGGGCCGUGCCCGCCUCGGGAGCGGGCCAGGAGGGUGCUCCCCUCACGGUACAGCGAGCGCCCGGAGCGGGGGCGGGGUGAGUCGUGCCAACCCCCCCCGCCACAGUCUGUGCCGCUAAUGCCUUUUGUCUGCUGCUGCGCAGGAUCCCCGCGAGUGAGAUUCACCUGCCGCUGCCUCCAGCAGACAGGAAGGAAGGAAGGAAGAAAGAAGGCUAAUCCCGCUGCGCGGUUUAKCGGCUCCCCCGCCAGCAGGUGAGGCGGCGGGAGAGGUGGGCACUACGGCCCGAGCCCUGGGCGGCCGGCCCCCGCCUGCCCAGCAUGUCCGUAACAGAUCAAGCCUUUGUGACCCUUGCUACUGAUGAUGUGUACUGUCAAGGUGCUCUUGUUCUCGGACAGUCAUUGAAGAACCAUAGGACAUCCCGAAAACUGGCAGUUCUAAUUACCCCAGAGGUUUCCAGUGGGAUUAGGUCAGUCCUCAGCAGCGUGUUUGAUGAAGUGAUCGAGGUGGAUGUGCUGGACAGUGCUGACUCAGUCCAUUUGGCUCUGAUGCAGAGGCCAGAACUGGGUGUAACCUUCACUAAGCUUCAUUGUUGGACUCUUACUCAUUAUAGCAAAUGUGUCUUCAUGGAUGCAGACACUUUGGUACUUUGCAAUGUUGAUGAAUUGUUUGAUUGGGAAGAGUUUUCAGCAGCUCCUGAUUCUGGCUGGCCUGAUUGUUUCAACAGCGGUGUGUUUGUGUUCCGGCCCUCCUUGSACACCUACAACCUGCUGCUCCAGUUUGCUGCUGAGCAUGGCAGCUUUGAUGGAGGUGAUCAAGGCUUGUUGAACAGCUUCUUCAGCAACUGGGCAACAGCAGAUAUUGGCAAACAUUUGCCUUUUCUCUAUAACUUAAGCAGCAGCUCUCUGUACACCUAUGUUCCUGCUUUCAAUCAUUUUGGUCGAGAUGCCAAAGUUGUUCACUUCUUGGGGGCAACAAAGCCUUGGAACUACAAAUACAACCUUCAAACAAAGAGAGUUAUGCAGGAUGACACUGCCUCAGGAUCUUUUCAUCAGCUGCCAUUUCUUGGCCUCUGGUGGAAUAUAUACAGUGCCAGUAUAUUGCCUUUGUUGGAAAAACUUCAAAAGAUGGAAGACUUGGAAUCUGAGGAAUACAAGCACACUUUCGAUGGAGUUGAAGUUACACUGAAGAAGGUCAGUCCUUGUGCGGCCAGUUCUCUGCAAAUGCCUGAGCUUCCAGAGCAGACAAGUGAAGUAAAUCCCACAGCAAACUUGCCUGAGGAACUCGCUUUCAAAGCUGAUGAGGUUGCAUGCUCUGUUUCAGAGCUGUCUAUUCAAUCCAAACCAGCAAAACCAAUUCCAGAAGAUGAACGGAGAAAAUGGGAGGAAGGGCGCAUGGACUAUAUGGGRAAAGAUGCUUUUGAACAUAUCAAAAAGAAAUUGGAUGCAUUUUUGCACUAAGGAUGUMCUGUUAUGGCCAUCAUGAUACAUUUCUUUAGAAAUGCAAUUCUUGUAUACUUGGCUGUCUUAGCAGUUUACCUGACACCAGAGUUAGAAUUUAUUAUGGACCCUCAUACAUUCCUGGGGGAGAUUUAACAGAUACAGACUCUUGGUUUUUAACUGAUAAGUGUGCCUCAUCUUUAUUUGUUACAUGUGUCUAAUUUUCAUUGUACUCCUUUAGUGCCUUCUGAAGAAUAAUGAAUGGUGUCCUCUGAGUAUAAACUCUCAUGUGUUUAUCACUCUUCCCUGCUGCUCCCCAGAGUAUUCUGCAGAAACACUCAUGAGCAGGAAACAUGUUGGAAGUUAAAAUUAUUUUGGCAGCUGAGUUUAUUUCCCAAACUGAGAUUAUUCCCAAAGUAUUUUCAGCAGUUGUUAUAAAAAGAAAAAAAACCCCCUUGUUCUUGAAACCCACUUUCAAGGGUGACAUGGUGUAGACUUCAAUAUGAGAAAGAAGUGAAGAAAUGAAAUCCUGACCUCAUAGGAGUCUGCCACAAAACUUUUUAAUUUAAAUAUGUGUAGGAUUAGAGGAGCUUCAGACUUCACCUGAGAUCACUAGUGGAUGCUCUUCUUAUUUAAGGGAAGCUGCUCAGCUCCAYAACUAGUGUGAGGAAGAGUGAUUUAAAACACUUGAGACACACUGAUAAUGUGUAUUAACCUUUUAUAUUGUUGCAAUAGGAUGCUGAUGCUUUUUAAAAUAUUGCAAGCUUUAGUUGCACAUUCUGAGUUGUGUGGUCAGAGGAAGAAACUCUGGCAGCAUGGUGUAAACCUUCUGGUGCUUUAUAUCGAUUUGUUUACAGUACUUCAACUGCAGCUGCUAAAGGCCUUUGGCUUAGCAUGGUUGUUCCAUAUUGCAGGUAAUUUGAGUGCAACUGAAAACACAGUUGGCACUUAUUUUCGUAAGCUGGCCCUUUGAAGAUCCUUUAAACAAUGGCUGUAUGUGGGAAACAGUAAAUCUGUGAAGAUAAUUCCAGAAAAAAAACUACUGAUGAGACUGCAUUAUUUUAUGGAUACUAAUGGGGAAUUGUUUUGUGAAUUUGGAUAUUUAAAUUUUACUCAUCUCAGUGAGUUGUUUUAACAAAAAAGUAAAAUAUUUUCUUUCAAAGCAAAAAACUUCUAAAGAAAGAUUCUUGACAGUCAYGCUAAUAUGAUAACAUAUUUGACACAGUUAUCUGUAACCUGCAAUAAGAAUUCUGCUGUGAUGUUGCAGGACUGAUAAAGUUUUGAUCUUUAUAUGYCACCAGUUUUGGUAGAGAUACACCUAAUGAAAUAUCUUGGAAUUCUGUUUAAAAGCAAUGAUGUACCAUUAUGCAUAGAUGCUAAAAGAAAAAAAGGAGGAUAGGAGGGAAGAAGAAAAUUUUAUUUUGUUUUCCCCCAUUUAAAAGGAUGAGAGGGUAGGGCAGGAAAUAAUUUGCACUAAUCAGGAAAGGAAUUAAAGAGUCAAAAGGUCCCUUAAAAGAAGAAAAAAAAAAUACCUUUGAGCAUUUUAGAAUUACUUCCUAAUAUUCACAAUAGGAGAUUUUAUUUACUCUUGCAGGAAUUUCUGAUUUUAUCUAUUUCUCACUUAGCAUUAAACUCUUAAAGCGGAAAUCUGAUUGGCGUGUCUGCUGAAUACAAGCUUCUAGCUCAAGUUAGGUGUUUAGGGUCAACAGAGAAAUUGAGAAGAGCAUACUUCUGUGCAUCUCUCUUUGGUUAACCUUGGCACCCUGGACAGCCUGUGUUUCUGGGUGGGUGACCUGCACAUAUUAACACAGGUAGGUGUGUUCUACCUCUUGGUACUGUGGCCCAAGUGGGUGGGUGCAGCAGGGUGGAGGUUACAGCAGCUGCAGUGCACCCUUACUCAUGCGGCAUUUGGUCUGCUGCUUAUCUGUGUUCCUUAGUGAUCCUUGUGCACUUCUGAGAAAGUUCUCUGUUUUAUARGAAUUGUUGCUAAUACAAUUCAGUUUUUGAAAACUAUAUAAAGCUGUAGUCAGCAAUGUGAAUCCAUACUUCAUGGAGCUCUAUUUUUUACAGUAACUACUAGAUCUUACYGGGUACAUUAAUUAGAUUAUGGAAGAAAAAAAUACUGAUGUGAAAUCAGUAACUGAAAGGUUUUAAAAUUGUCAUAUGAAUGUAGUAAAAUGUGUCAUUGAGCACAUUUCAAACUGUUGAUAUGUACUAUGGUAGUCUGUGCUGCUUGUAAAUGUUUUGCAAAGAAUUGUAAUACAUUAAUAUAAUGGAAAUAAAAGAAAUGGAAAAGCCGUAUGAAGUCAUGUG